AUGGCCCUCGGAGUCGACUUGGUGUCAAAGCGCCUGCGGAAACGUAGCGACUACGGCUACUAUCUGGACUAUCGACUGCGUUGGAAUGACAAUGAUAUUUUCAGCCAUGUGAACAACCCCGUUUACGGAGUACUGGCCGAUAGCAUUAUCAACGAAUACAUGAUCGAAGAAUGCGGAUACACUGUGAACCAACACCCACAAGCCGGAAUCAUCGCAAACACCUACUUUGACUAUUUUGGAUCAGUGAGCUACCCUGAUGUGCUCGAAUGCGGACUGCGAAUCGUGAGGUUGGGCAAAUCCAGUGUCAUGUACGAAGUGGGGAUUUUCAGAAAAGGUGAUGAACAUGUCAAAGCAGUGGGAGGCUCGACACACGUCUUCGUCAUGCAAACCGAUGGGCAACUGGGAAAACCCGCGAAGGAUGGCAUGCCGAAGGCAAUGAGGCAAGGAUAUGAGAGGUUGGUCACGAUGUCAAAUCCGCUUUCAAUUCUCUAG